AUGAACAUACGGAAUCUCUAUUAUUGUUUAAAUAUCCUAUUCCUUAUAAACCAUGUUACUGCAAACGCAACUGAUCCAACUACAAUUCAAAAUCUCAUACAAUCCGAACAGAAAAGUUUGAACAUAAUCGAUCAAGAUACACAAGAUACGUUCACGCCAAUAGUACAACCAUCUACUUCAACUAUAGAAUUUGAUCAGCCGACUUCGAAUAUACAAGAUGAGCAAACAACUUCCACUUCACAAAUAGAUCAAUUGACUACUACACAACCUCAACAAGGAACUUCCACCACACAAGGUCGACCCGCCACCACUAAUACAUUUGUUGGCCAAACUACUUCAAACACACAAGUUGAGAAAACGACUUCAAGUUCGCAACUCGUACAAGCUACUUCAAAUACACAGGCACCACAGACUACCUCGACUCCAGUUCUACAAACCACUUCAAGCACCCAAGCGGAACAAGCCACUUCAAAUGCACAAGCAGAACAGGCCACCUCAACUCCAAUUGCUGAUCAAACCACUUCUACCCCAAUUGCUGAUCAAACCACUUCAACUCCAAUUGCUGAUCAAACCACUUCUACCCCAAUUGCUGAUCAAACCACUUCAACUCCAGUUGCUGAUCAAACCACCUCAACUCCAAUUGCUGACCAAACCACUUCAACUCCAGUUGCUGACCAAACUACUUCUACCCCAAUUGCUGAUCAAACCACCUCAACUCCAGUUGCUGAUCAAACCACUUCAACUCCAGUUGCUGACCAAACUACUUCUACUCCAAUUGCUGAUCAAACCACCUCAACUCCAAUUGCUGAUCAAACCACUUCAACUCCAGUUGCUGACCAAACCACUUCCACCCCAAUUGCUGACCAAACCACCUCAAACACAAUACCUCAACUUACAUCUGAUACCCAAAUUCAGCAGACUACUUCAAAUGCAGUUGAUGAGACUACCUCCAACACACAAGUCGAACAAACUACUUCAAUCAUACCUGAUCCAACUACCUCAACUCCUGCUGAAAUGAUUACUUCAACCCCAAUUGAUAAGCAAACCACUUCAACCCCAGUUAUUGAUCAAACAACUUCAAACACUUUUUCUGAUCAAACUACUUCAAACUUGGUUGUUGAACAAACUACUUCAAGUCCUAUUUAUCAGCAAUUCACCUCAAAUACAUUUGAGCAAACUACUUCAAUUCCAGAUGAGCAAACUAUAUCAACCUUAGCUCAACAAACUACAUCGAGCCCACAACAAGAGCAAACCACCUCUAAUAUCCUUGAUCAAAAUACACUUGAACAGAGUACUUCAAACCAAUUUGUUGCACAAACCACCUUCAACACAUUUAAGCCAACUACCUCAAACUCAGAUUUUGAACAACAUACUUCUAAUUUACAACCUAUUCAAAGUAUUUCUAGUACAAUUAAACAGACUGCUCCUAGUACCCAAACUACUUCUAACACACAAUUAUCUCAGCAGAUUACUUCUAACCAAUUCACACAAGAAAUUACAUCUAGUUCUCCACCAAUUGAACAAAGUACAUCCAGUACGGAUGUCAUUCAACAAACAAUUCCUAGCACUACUAGUCUAAUUUUUUCUAGUACAGAUGAAGUACAAAUAAUUAUAUCUAGUGAUAGUGUAAUCGAACAAGUUAUUUCAAGCACUCAAGCUGUGGAACAAGGAUCUUCUAACUCUCUAGUAUUUGACCAAACUACUUCGAUGACUCAAAUCGUAGAGCAAGUUACAUCUAGUACACCAGAAUUUAUUCAAACUACUUCAAAUACUCAAGUACUGGAGCAAGUCACCUCUAGUAUACCACCUCAACUUAUUACUUCUGAUUCUCAAAACCAACCAGUUACUUCUAGUACUCCUAUUAUUGAACAAGUUAUCUCUAACAUCCCAACUUUUGAUCAAACUACUUCGAGCAUUCAAAAUAGUGAACUACUAACCUCUAAUAGCCUUGCUCUUGAGCAAACUACUUCGAGUGUUCAAAUUGAUGAACAAGUCAUUUCUAGUUCUCAAACUUUUGUUCAGACUACUUUUAGUGUCCAAGCAAGUAUACAAUCGUCAUUUAAUAGCUUAACAAUUGAUCAAUCUUCUUCGAAUACCCAAUAUACAGAACAACUUAUCUCUAGUUCUAUUAUUUCAACCGAUGAACAAACCAUCUCUAACGGUCAGAUACUCAGUCAAACUACUUCUACUUUCCAAUUGAGUGAGUCACCUUCCUCUGAUAUCCCAAUCUUUGAUCAAACUACUUCUACUGGUACCACUAGCCAAGCCAUAUCUGAAAUUCAAACUCCUGGGCAACCUUUUUCUAGUACACCCGCAUUCAGCCAAUAUACCUCUAGUACUCCAGUUAUCAAACAAUCUACCCAAAGUAUAUCGACCACAUCUAGUCUUCAACUUAUAUCAACUAGUUCAAACACACAAUUCACUCCUACUAGUUCCAGUAAUGAAGAUUUCAAUGGGCUUAUUUUAAGUUCCAAUACAGUUUCAACAAUAUCUAACUCUCAGAGUACCCCAAUGAUUACUAGUACAUCUGAAAUUUUACCAGUUUCAAGCAUUGAUAUCUUGUCUAAAACUGCAUCUACUAAUACCAACAUAGAAUCAUCCACCACAGAUUUAAACUCUAAUACUUUGCCUAUAUCUAAUGGUGAAAGUUUACUAACUUCUUCUCUAACUUCUACUACGUUAGAUAUCUCUACAGCUUCUUCUAUGAAAACUGUAUCAUCUACCACUCUUCCUAUUGUUCUAUCUUCUUCAGUUUCUGAAUCACCAGCUGACGUUAGUUCAGCCAACUCCCCUUCGGAACUCAGCCAAUCAGUUAUGGAGCCAACUUUUAAAUCGAGCACAGGCUCAAUAGCUUUCAUCUCUACAGACCAAUCUUCAUUCCCCUCAGAACACUGGUCAUCUGAAAAUACUUAUAAAUCAUCCUUAGUUUCACAAGAUAAUAUUGAAUCUACUGUGUCAAAAACAAGUGAUCUUUUAGAUUCAGUAUCAACUUCUUCAUCACCUACUUCUGUAAUGGAUCCUUCAUUAAGCUCAAGCUAUGGUUCCCUAUCUGAAAGUAUUGUAAUUUCAGAAACUUCCGCCAGCGUCUCAUCAACUUUGCCAUCACAAGAACAAAUUUCCAACAUUCUACCAACUUCCUCAACAUUGUUAUCAACCACUUCUAUAGACUCCUCUUCUGAAGAAUCUAUUGAAAGUACUUCAUCUUCCAUUCUAUCCGUUUCUGCAAUUUAUUCAUCAAAUACUGUUACAGAAUCACAAGCUCUCUCAAUUGAUGAAUCGUCUAUUGAACACACACUAUCUGAGUCAUCUACCUCUGUUAGCAUAGUACUAUCUAAUUCACCUUAUUCAUCUGGAAAGCUUUCCUCCAAUUUAAUAAUACCAACUAGAAGUUACCUUUCUUCCGAGGCACAACACUCAGAUCAUUCUUUUACUACCAGCCAGAUUAUGGAAAGUUCAACUAGAAGCUUUACUUCUAAAGCUAUCUCAUCACAGGAUACUUUAUCUACUAGUCUGACAAGUAGCAACCUUGCUCAAACUUAUCAAUCUUCUGAAAUAACUUCAGAGGAAUCUACCUCUACUAGCAAGAUUAUAGAAAGUUCAACUAGAAGCUACCAAACUUCUAUUCUGACUUCAUCACAGCACACGUUUUCUACCACUCAAACAAGCGGAAACUCCACCCAAACUCAAGACCCUUCUGAAGUGAAUUCUAAAGAGCAUACCUCAUCUACUAAUUACAUCACAACAAGCUCAAUUAGUAAGCCGCAAACUUCCAUUCUGAUCUCAUCAGAGCAUACAUUUUCUACCACUAAAACUAGUGGAAACUCGACUAGAACUUCUCUCCCAUCUGAAUUGAUUUUACCGGAACACACUUCUUCUACUAAUCAAGCUAUUGAAAGUUCAACCAAGCCACAGACCUAUUCCUCACUUAUUUCACCUAGCUUUACAUCGAUUUCUAGCGAAUCACAUAAGUUCCGUUCUGAGCAGUCGACUUCUUCUGUCAAUUAUAUUACUUCUUCUACUACAUCAGAACUUGUAUCUCCAAUUAGUUCUCAUUCUAUUCAUUCUACUACAACAAAAAUUUCUGAAAGUGAUUUUACUAACUCUAAAUUUUCUUCUACUUCAAAAAGCUUUUCAGAAAAAACUUUGUCAACUUCUGAAUUAACGUCACCAUCCCCAGAGUCCUUUACUGAAACCUCUGUCACUGAAAUCUCAAGCAACAAAUCACCAAACUCAUCAUACCAUUCUGAAACGACCCCCCCAGUUGUUCAAAGUAGCAAACCAAAAACUAUUGUUCCAACUUCAUCUAUUAAAUCUACUAUUGAACCUAAUUCAGAAAGUAACUCCAAUGUGUUCACAUCGUCUGUAGCUGAAACUUCACUUCCACCUUCUCAAUUACUACCUUCAGAUAUCGAAUCUUCAACUUUUACUUCAUCUGAAAUAUAUUUCACUUCCUCAGCACCAUCAAGUACAAUUACUAGACAAUCAAACUGGUGGAUUCCUACUUCCUUAGCUGUUGCAUCAACUAUGAAUUCCACCGAUACUUCUACAUUACCAACCCAAGCAAUUCCACAAGCAAUUGGCUCAGUUGAGCAACCUCCAGCACCAGAAAAUCACUCCUUAAUCACCAUUGGUUUUAAAAAAGAAUUAAAUUAUGAAUUUGUUGUAUCUCAUCCAAUGUCAGGAGCUCAGAUUAUAAAUUAUUUACCAAACACUCUAGUUAAUGCAUUUUUUGGUAAUGUGACAAACAUAUCAGUUAACAACUUGGUGCCAUAUAAUGAUACGAAAUCUGAUUAUUUAAUUACAAUUGCUACAGUUUACUUCCCCACUGAUGAAAUUAAACAUUUGCGCGAAUUAAUUCACGAUAAAUCAAGCAGUUUUUAUACUGCAAGCCAAGAUGUUGCAAGACAAUUAGCUAACUUAGUUGAUCCAUCAAUUCCUUUAACUGGCCUAAAUCUCUUCGGUAACAGUGACGAUACCAAUAAUAAUAACCCAUACUCUCCAGAUAAUUCAAAUUCUGAAGGUAUCGGUACUUUGGAUGUUUCACCAAUUAACAAAGUAAGUGUCCUGAAAAAUAAUUCUGGUGCAUUAAACACCAAGGGUAAAGUUACAGGCUUAAUAAUUGGUGUAGUUAUUGGCGGUUGUUGUCUCAUUGCUUUAUCUAUCUUCUCUAUUGGUCAUUUCAUUAUGAAACGUCAUAAUGCUAACGUCACUGAAGAAACAAAUAUUGUGGACCAUUUCAAUUUUACUAAAAAAAGUAAUAUUAGCACUCUUCAUAGCAAUUUAACAGAAAAAUUUUCAAGGAGAUCUCAUAAUUUUGAUGAUCCAAAUGAAAGAAUCAAUAGUUGGAUGGAUAACAAUUAUUUUGGUGACGUAGAAGAUACCUAUACUGGGACUGCAGAAAUUGGUAUGAGAGCCAAAGGAUUAAAAAUAUCUCACCCAAUCGCAAGCGAAAAUUCACUGGGUUGGAAUAUUGUCUAA